ACUUAGGGUUCUAACUCGUAAACGCGUGGAAUUGUGAGUUAUCACCAUAACAUUAACAAGCAGUCAAGCAGUACAACAGGAUUUAGGGAGGCGUCCCUGGACUGAAGCACGAGGAAACACGUAGUAAUCCACGUUCUUCCUAGCAUCAACGCGGUACCUCUUCACUGUAUCUCCAUCGAUUGAUCAUGGAUUCCAAGCCCGCAAACCCCAAACCCCUGGAAGAUAUUUUCGACUCCUCUGUUAAUUUAGAGGAGACCCAUUUUCAGGAGGGUUACAAAGACGGUUUUAACGAUGGUCUCGUCUUGGGGAAGCAAGAAGGGAGAGAAGUAGGUCUCAAACUGGGGUUCGAGGUUGGGGAGGAAUUAGGGUUUUAUCGAGGUUGCGUCGAUGUCUGGAACGCUGCAAAUCGAGUUGACUCCAGCUGCUUUUCGUCCAGGGUUCAGAAAAACAUCAGACAGAUGGAAGAGUUGAUUGAAAAAUACCCAUUUUUGGAUCCAGAAAACGAGAGUGUCCAGGAAAUUAUGGAUGCGUUGAGGUCGAAAUUCAGGGCCAUUUCGGCCACCUUGUCGUUAAAAUUGGAAUAUGAUGGGUACCCUAAGUCCACCGAUGUUAAGGACUUGGAAUUUUGAUGAAGUUUCUCUGUUCAUGGUUAUCUGUACUGUACUGAUUGCUUUUUCCUUCUUGUAACCUAUUUUCUAAUUCAUAACUUUGCCUUAAAGAUAGACAAAAGGAUAAACUCUUCGGAUGAUUAAUUGAUUAUUAUUUGAGAAGAGCUUCAGUCAA